AUGAAGCCAUCUGUAGGAAACAAAAAAAUACGAACCUACCCACCUCCCCCUUCCGUCGCAAAAGCAAGUCCUUUCCCCGUAGAAGACCACCAAAAGUCUCAGAUAUCCCUUCUGGACCCAACUGGCAGCCGUACUCGCCUCUUCAAUCGGGAGAAUCCCGAUGCCCCCCGUGUCGGAGAUGUCCUGUAUACUACCUUCAAGACCGGUGACCCAUUCAGCGGAGUCUGCAUGAACAUACGGCGGCAACAUGUUGACACGGCUAUAUUGCUACGCAAUAAGCUUAUGGGCGUCAGUGUAGAGAUGUGGAUCAAAAUCUACAGCCCGAACGUGAGGAGCGUGGAGGUGGUGAAGAGGGCGGCCAAACGGGCGCGAAGAGCAAGAUUAUAUUAUUUGCGGAACAAGAAACACGAUCCGUCUAGUGUGGAACCACUUGUGGCAGAAUAUUUGAGAAAGAGAAGACUGAUAAGAAGUGGGGGAACCGAUGCAAAGGAUGCGAGAAAGGUGGGCAUGAAGCCUGCGGGAAAGAAAAGCGCGAAAUGA